CGCUCGCAAAGUGAAACUUGGAGCGUGAUGAAACACCCAGCGCGGAUCCUGCCCGGGUUUAAUUGGAACAGGAGAUAAUCGAAUAUUUAUUAUUCUGUCUGAGAUUUUUUUUUUUUUUUAAACAAUUCCUUGGAGUAAAUAAUUAGGAUUGCGGCCGUCCUCGGCGAAGAUAAAUGAGCGGCAUUUGUGAGGCGCUGAGAGAUGAGGUACAAAGCAAAUCUUCUGUGGAAGCCACAAGCGAGCGAGCUUUUGGGCGAAGGGGAUUGUAAAUUUAUUUUAUGGACAUUUAGAAAAAAAAAAAAAGCGUCGCUGUUAUUUUUAGCUGCUUUAGCUGAGCCUCUCUGCUCGGUUCUGGUUUGGGUUUGUUUUGUGGUUUGUUUUGUUUUUUUUUUUUAAAGAAACCUAUGGCAGACAGGAAGGCCUUGGAGAAAUUCCCACCUCUGCCCUCGCAGAUAUUUUCAGCAAACCUAUUCAUAAUAAAGGCGCUGCUGUUUGUUAAUUAAUUCACAGCUUCUCGGCUCGGGUAGUGGAGUCUACUUUUUAAUAAGACAUAUUUAUCAUGGCGAGGAAACCAAAUGAAAAUAACUCCCAGCAAGGAUAUCAUCCUCUCUGUAGACAAUAAUACAUCUCCGUGGAAGAUACCGUACAGAUUUGGGAAUGCAGAAAGGAUUUAAUCAGUGUUAAAAAAAAAAGCCAAGAGUCCCUUCGCAGACACGUUGGCUGGGGCUGUGUGAGGAGCGUACGGGGGUUUCAUGUGACAUGACAUAAGAACGCAGCAGUCAGGGAAGGGAAAAAAAGAUGUUAUUUAUUGUCGAGCUGUGGCUUCUGUUAAACCCCGGUACUUAGAAAUAUCGCAUUAGACUUUAUCUCCACAGAGUUUAUUUUAUUUUAUUUUCGAGAAUGAAAGAGCCCAGAUAAAAUUAAAUAUACAAUAGAUACAAUUAAAUAUACAGUGGAUAUCAAUUUCAAAACAAAAUGCACAGUGGCUCCUCGUAAACUCUAAGCUGCAGAGAGAAGUCACUGCCUUUUGAAAAUAUGUUUGCUGCUUGAUUGAUCCUCACACAUCAGAUUAUUUUCAGGUCAAGAUAGUUUUCAUAUUUCUAAGGGUAUUUCUACUCUGUGUUUAUGGUAGAGAAAGUUUAUGUUUUGAGGAAAGAAGGAGAAAAAGAUAUUUAAAAAAAAAAAAAAAGGCCAGAGAGAGAAAGAAAAAAGGAAGGUUUCAUUUUGUAAUUUGAGGUUUUGGAUUGGUUUUUUAGACUUUUUGAGCUUGGAUUGAGGGAGGGAGGAACGAUGAAAAAUCAAAGGGUACAAAGUUAAGAGCAAAUGGCCUGGUGAUGCGUUUGUUUUCCAAGGAAAAAAAAACAACAGCAAUUAAACUGGUUUUGGAAUCACAUCUUGCCAAUGGUAGUUCCAGAUUCAAAACGGAGGAGUACAAAGCAGUGCAGGCAAUGAAGGGGUAUGUUUUUUAAAUACAACCUGUGCUACCCGAGAGAGAGAGAGAGUAACAAACAGGCCAAAGGAAGCACAUUCUUGAAUUCAUGCCCCUGCUUAAAUCUGCUUAAAAUAUUUGCACUGAAUUCCAAAGACAUUGUGUAAACAGCAAAUCAGGCCAACUGUGUCACGACACCAUUACCUGGAUAAAACAUAUUGACUAUUUGCUGUUUCCAGUUUAAAAGCAAAUAUAGCGGACAGGGGCCCUACAAUAAACUUAGCAGACUUUUAAUUUCUGAUGAUAUAAUGUCUUGCUGGUUCUCAUGUGUGUGAAUAGCUGAUUUGAAUAAGUCAGGGGUAAGAAAGCGAGACUUUCAUUCCUUUCAUGCUCGUAGCUAGCAAUUAUCCGUUCUAUACUCUCAUAUUUACAUUAAUUUGUGUGUUAUCUGGACAUGGAUGUGUCUACGUGCACACAACACACACAUCUACAUGCAUAUAUGUAUGCAUGGGUGUGUAUAUAUAUGUAUAUAGAUAAAUAUAGAAGCAAGUAGAUGUACACAGAUGAAACCACGUGUACUUACAGAGUGUGGGUGUAGUUACACACCCUGGGUGCCAUCCUCUAAGGGAAAAAAAAGGUGCAACCGACCAGGGAAACUACCCCCAAAAUCAGCUCAAGGCUUUUGCACUGUAACAUUUGUUGAGCCUCCUUAGGCUGCACACAGGACAAAAUCUGCUCAAAGCAUCUGUUCGCCCUGUUCUGCGGGACCCUAUUCAUGUCAUGGGCCUUUCAGGCCCCAAGAUGGAUUCAUAGGCCGGGUACUAUUAUUGUGUGUUUUCUCCUAACCUUUCAGGUCAGCUUCCAAUAGACAGCUGGAAACGGCCUGUCACGUGGCCUUGGGGUGCCAAUGUUCUGCCAUAGGGGUGUCAAGACCCUGGUAGCCGGAAAAAUCAUUUUGGGGAGUCCCAGAGAUGCAGAAGACAACGUACUACGACAGCUCCACGCUCUUUGGGGGUUACUCCUACGGGAGCGCCAAUGGGUUCGGCUACGAGGGUCCCCAGCAGCCCUUCCAGCCGGCUUCCCACGUGGAGAACGACUACCAGAGGUCUGCCUGCUCCCUCCAGUCUCUUGGCAACACAACCCCGCACGCAAAAAGUAAAGACCUGAACGGGAGCUGCAUGAGGCCAAGUUUGCCCCAGGAGCACCACCCGCCUCCCCCCGUCUCGCCGCCCCCAAACCCCGCCACCAACAGCACCAGUAGCAACAGCAAUAACCAGUCGGGGAGCACUAAAACUGCCCCCAGCAAAGCCAACCUCAGCGCGAACGCCAGUCUCACCAAGCAGAUUUUCCCCUGGAUGAAAGAAUCGAGGCAAAACUCCAAACAGAAAAACAGCUCCCCUAGCACAGCAGAAACCUGCAGCGGCGAGAAAAGCCCUCCAGGCUCCUCGGCCUCCAAGAGAGCCCGCACGGCCUACACCAGUGCUCAGCUGGUGGAGCUGGAGAAGGAAUUCCACUUCAACCGCUACCUGUGCAGGCCCCGCCGCGUGGAGAUGGCCAACCUGCUGAACCUCAGCGAGAGGCAGAUCAAGAUCUGGUUCCAAAACAGGAGGAUGAAGUAUAAGAAAGAUCAGAAGUCGAAAGGCAUGGGGUCUUCUUCCGGAGGGCCUUCCCCCACCGGCAGCCCCCCCCAGCCCAUGCAAUCCUCCGCCGGAUUUAUGAACGCCUUGCACACCAUGAGCAGUAACUAUGAUGCCCCCUCGCCGCCUUCCUUCAAUAAACCCCACCAAAAUGCCUAUGCCAUGUCAACUAACUACCAAAACCCCAUCAAAGGCUGCCCCUCCCAACAGAAAUACGCCAACACGGCCCCCGAGUACGACCCCCACGUCUUACAAGGGAACGGGGUGGCCUACGGGACUCCCAGUAUGCAGGGAAGCCCCGUCUAUGUUGGAGGUAACUAUGUGGAUUCUAUGCCCACCUCUGGCCCGUCCCUUUACGGCCUCAAUCACCUGCCCCAUCACCAGGCUGCCAACAUGGACUACAACGGGCCCCCGCAGAUGCCCCCGAGCCAGCACCACGGACCAUGUGAGACCCACCCCACCUACACAGACCUUUCCACGCACCACGCUUCUUCUCAGGGCAGAAUCCAAGAGGCGCCCAAGCUGACCCACCUGUGAUGGGGAGCAGGGACAGGCUCAGGCGAAGCAGAUGGGACCUCGCCACAGGGCACGGGAGAGGGGAAGAGGGCAGGAUCGGCUUCAGGAACAUUUGUGUUGAGCUCUUUUCUUUCUUUCUUUGACAGGGCAAUUUCUACCAGUUUAUUGUGCUCGCUAUUACUAUUUCUGGGAUUUAUUAGGCACAAUUUCCAACCAUUUCAGUAUUUACUGCCAAGAGCAGCACUCUCUCUGAAGAGAUAUACCUCCCGUGUUUCAACACAAAUGCUUCUGAAAUGGGUUUGGGGUAGUUCUGUGGGAAUCUAGCAGAUUUUUAGCAGCAGCAUCCUUCCAAACCAAGCACCAAUCAUCACUGAUAAUUCUUGGACACUGGAAAGGAGAACGGUCGGCCAGCCAAGCCUCUGCAGUUGGUGUGUCUGCCUCUACAGAAACAUGCACACGUGUAUACAUAUGCAAUCAAAAGAGAUUUGAGCAAGAAAACUACCCUCCUCUCCAGCUCCUUCUCAAGAGGAACCUCGCGCUUUCCUUCCCAGCCUUCAGAAGGAGGCAUCCUUUUUCGCUGAGUGUCUUCCCACCAGUCUCCACACAAACUGCAAAUAUACACACCUGCCAACACACAGGAUUCACGCUCUUCCCCUCCAGCCCCUGCCUCCCCUCUCAAAAAUAAUAAUAAUGAUUUAAAAAAAAAAAAAAAAAAUAAGAGAGGUCUAAGAAUUGCAAAAGGUUUGGGAAACAAGUUUUUGAAAUGCCUAAAACCCCCACUUCCAACAAUAACAGGGUUCCAAAGAGAGGAAGAAAGAGUUGACAGGUCUGAAUAUUUUCCCACCUUCGCCUCUGAUGACAUGAAGUCUCCAUUCGAUGACACCAGGGUGGUUUUUUUUUUUGUUUGUUUUGGGGGUAUUUUUUCUUAGGGUUCAUUAGCAGAAAAGCAAUCUUAAGAACUUAGAAGUCCUACGCUUCUUUCCUCCUCUUCUCUUGACCUUACGUGAAAACAGGGUAUAUUUGAACAAACGGAAUGUCCUCCAAUCGAAGCAGAAGUGAAUGGAUCUCUAGUAUUUGCUAAUGCUUUCUUGUCUGGACAUCUUUGUUGCACUUAGAGUUUACAUAUAAUGGGUAUAAAAACAACUUUGAAGGGCAUUCGUCCAACUCAGUCGAGACGUCCUUCAAUAGGUGUGUGUUCUGGUGAACAUUCAUAUAUAUUUAUUGGUUAUAGCCAGUUUAAAAUAUUUUCCUUUUUUUGUAUUAUUUAUCCCCAAUAUUAUGUAUUUAUAUGAGGAAAAAAAAAGAAUCAAAUUGUACUUUUUUAGUAUUUACUUGUUAUAAAGGACAUUGUGUUUCCUUGUCAUUGUACAACAAGCUUAUUUUAGUUAUUGUAAUUUAGAAAGACCAGUAGUUUUAUGUUACCUUCGUACUUAUGAAUAAUGUAAUUAGUUCUACUGGAGGCAUGAGAGCAGAACCAGACUGUAAUUGUAUAGUCCUGAAUUAGAAGAACUAUAGCUAAUCCCUCCCUCCCACCUCACCCCUCCUCUUUGGAGAUCUUUCUUUGUUCUUAUAGUAGUUAUUUUAUUUCCUUGCUUAAGGGUUGUCUGUUGAACAAUUCUUGAAUAAACUUUCUGUUAUCAA